AUGAGAGCGUUUGGUUUAUUUCCUCAUCUUAUUAACGUCAAUACUGGUGAGCCCAUUGGAGAUCAUGUUACGUGGGGUGGUAUGGGUGAUAGUUUCUACGAGUACCUGAUUAAGCAAUUAGUGGUGUCAAGAGGUCAUGAUUCCAUAAAAAAAGAAAUGGUGUCACAAAUCAUCACUAGUUUACAAGAUAAUCUAUUAGUCGAUGCUCCCUUUGACAGACGUUCUGCAUUUUUGGCAGUCCUAGAUGGCGGUAAACUCAAUCUUCAGAUGGACGAAUUAGCUUGUUUUGCACCGGGAAGUUUAUUACUAGCAGCACGCACGUUUCCCGAAUUUGGAUAUAUUGAAAAAGAGGCUACACGAUUGAUGGCAGGAUGUUAUAGUGCUUGGGAUUUAACGUUAACGGGAUUAGCGCCCGAGAUAUUUUCAUGGGAUACUUCUAGAAAGUAUAGAACAUUGGAAGGGAAAAGACCUGCAGUGUAUCCAGUGCACCCUUCAUAUAUUCUAAGACCAGAGACGAUUGAAUCGUUGUAUUAUUUUUAUGUGUAUACAAAAGAUCCCAUGUAUCAGGAUAUGGCAUGGGAUAUUUUCAAUUCACUGUAUACUUAUUGUAAAACAAAGUCUGGCUAUACCGGUAUUCAUCGCGUCGAUGUAACAGAAAACACAUGGGAUGACCGAGAAGAAAGUUUCUUUUUCGCGGAAACGCUCAAAUAUCUAUACUUGAUCUUUGACGAUCCUCAAAGUCCACGGUUUCCUUUCAAUGAAUGGGUGUUUAAUACAGAGGCACACCCACUUCGUAUCACUGAUAUCAUUCCUCCUGCAGAAAAAAAAUCUUUCUUCCAUUUUAAUUAUUUUAGCAGCUAG